UCUCGGUAGCGUUAGCUGUAUUUUGUCAUUGAUUGUGAUACCGAGAUGGCAAGUCCUGUCAUUAUGCGCCCUUUGUGACCGUGACCAUUUGCCCACGGUAUUAAAACUGGAUGCCUUCCUGGCCGCAGACUUACCUGGGCUCGGCUAUUCCAGCCAGGAUUACCUGCAGAUGAAACACUUUAAGCGUAAACGCAAGAGCAACUACAGCGCAAGGGAGACGCAGACGCUGAUCCGCGAGAUCCGCAAGCGCAGGCAUGUCCUCUUUUCCAAGCAGCAGAAUACGGCCGUCAAGGAGCUGAAGCGCAGGGCCUGGGAGGAAGUGGCCGACUGUGUCAACGCACUGGGGGAGGGCGAGCUGCGCACUGCGGCCGAGGUCAAGCGGAGGUACCUGGACUGGAGGGUGCUGAUGAAGAGGAAGCAAGUCCGAGCAGAGCUGUCCGACCUCACAAACGAGUAUGACCCCCAGUCCCUGGACAAUGACAGUGUGUUGAGCAGGGGAGAGCCAUCUCUGGACCUGUUCUCCAAAAAUCUGGACUGUGAUUGGCAGGGGCAGGACCUCCCAGACCCCAGUGGAAACAGCGGUCACCCUUCUUCAGGAGUUAAGCAGGAGGGUGAGGGCAUAAAGGGAGAGAGAAAGGAAGAGGAGUAUGAAGAGGACCACUUCACGUCUAUCCUGCCAGACAUAGAUAGAGGGGGCCACGUUCCAGAGAUGUUCCCUCAUAUUGACGAGUUUGGCAUCCUCAGUGGUGCCAAGGAUGCUACCACCCAAGACCCACUGGAUGGCCUAGGUGUAGAGGGAAUGGGUGUGAUGGCUGCAGCAGGAGUGGGUGGAGCAGAUGGCACAGCCCUGCUCAUUGCCUUGGAGAGCCAGCGGCUGGACAUAGAAAAACAUCGCCUCCAGGUGGAGAGAGAACGGCUGCAAGUGGAGAAACAGCGCCUCCUGGUGGAAAGGGAGAAGCUGCAGCAGGUAGACGUGGAGAGGGAACGCCUGCAGGUGGAGAGAGACCGUUUGCAGGUGGAGAAGGAGCGGCUCAGGCUGCUGUUCCAGGCGGAGCGGCUGCCGCUGGCCUCCUCCGGGGACUGUGAGAAGGAGAGGAAGCCCUGGCCGCCCCCGCCGCCCCAGGCCCAGCAACAACCCGCCGCCAACCGGGAGGCAGAGAGGCUGCAGUUGGAAGCGGAGCGGCUGGAACUGGAGAAGGAAAGGCUGCAGUUCUUCAAGUUCGAGUCGGGCCGCCUGCAGAUCGAGAAGGAGAGGUUCCAGGUGGAGAGGGAGAGGAUGCAACUCCAGAAAGACGGGCAGCAGCUAGCUCUCCAGCAAGGGCAUUAGAGAGCAUCUCACCAGGUGAAGGCCCUGGAGACAGAGAUCGGUGGAAAUGGAGGUGGCCCUGUGGGUGAACCCAAAAGGAGACACAGUCACAAGAGCAGAGAGGCAUAGGAGGGUGGGUGUGCUGUCAUAAUUGAAGUAAAGACAAUAGAAAGCCACCUUUUCCUCUUAUCUUGGAAGACUGCAGUGACCUCUGGUUUCUUUCUCACCUGAAGCAAAACCCAGUCUCUGUGUUUAAUGAUCGAGUCUUCGUUCUGAAUGAUCAAGCCUUCUGGGUGAUGUGGAGAGGCCUUUAUAAUCUGUAUAAUGAGCAGC